CGGAUUUCUACAAAAAGUCCCAUCUCUCCUGGAUCAGGUAUAUCCCACUGUACAUUUACUGAUCGUCCAGGCGCAGCAUUCACUUGCUCUGCCCCAUCUUCUCACGUUCGUUCUCAUCAUCAUCGCCGCAACUUCACUCAUCAACGAACUCGCUGAAAGAACUACUCGGGCGGAAAGAAUCAUGUAUAUUCCUGCCACGAUAUCGUUACUUCUCCUCUCCUUUAUACCUUCGAGUGUAGCUUCCUCCGAAGCAAAGCCAAAGCCACCUCCCAAGCCAUGUACCAUACAUUCCACAGCCACCGGUUCCUUCUUCGACUUGCGUCCAUUACAACUAGCCCUAGAUGGCACAAAAUAUCAGACUGCAACUAAUGAGUCCUUCCAUGCUCGAGGAUUUGACUAUCCUGCCAACUUCACAAUGAACUUUUGUGGCCCGGUCGUGGAACCUCUGGACGAUGUCGAAGGAAUUCCUUCUUCAAAAGUCGCCAAUGUGUCGGCAUUCUACAAAAAUCAAAGAGGAGAUAUCUACAGCAUUGGACAGCAGAACGAUGAGCUCAUCUUUCGGGGCAAGAAGUUGCUCCUAAACUAUACAAUGGGCUCGCCUUGCCCGGAACUCGACGAGGAUGGCAUUCCCAUCGACGAGGAUGUCAUGGCGAGCAAAGAUCACAAGAGAAGGAAAUCAACACUCUUGUCCUUCAUCUGUGACACCUCUCCAAGUCUCUCGACUCGUCCGGCCAUAUCAUUUCUCGGCUCUCCUGACCACUGCUCUUACAUCUUCGAAGUGCGCUCGAGAUACGCCUGCGGCGGAACCACGCAAUCUGAAGAGAAGGGCACAUUGGGUCCGGGCGCCGUCUUCGGUGUCAUACUCGGUAUUGCGUUGCUGGUGUACUUGAUCGGUGGCGUCGUUUACCAGCGCAACGUGAUGCACCAGAGAGGAUGGAAACAAUUACCCAACUACAGUGUGUGGGCUGGCUUGUUCAGCUUUAUCUCAAGGCCUUUUCUUCUCCGUCGCCCCAGCCGACAAGCGCCAAGUCCAAGGAUCGGGAUCUACGACUUCAAGUCCAACUUACCAUAGCUGCGCUGACAUCAUGUUACUUCACAAUCUAGGACAUGUUCGUCAUCCUUUUCUCUUCUUGCACGCAGCGAAUGCCCGGCGGAGUGACUCAACUCUUUGCGGGCCGUCGAGGAUACCAUCGUGUCGGAACCGACGAGCGAGUGGGCCGAGGACGUACGCCAGACGAUGAGAACAGACUGAUUGAUCAGCUCGACGAAGAGUGGGAAGAUUGAAAUUCACAGCCCCGGAGAUAAGAUGAGGCUCGCAGCAAUUUGUUGCUAUACCAGGGAACAUUAUAUGGCUGAGCGAAUGGCACUUUGGACUUGAAUUUCAAGCCAACGUAAAUCCCAAGUGACUCAAUCCACGCAGGAUCUUCCCAGCUAUUGAUCCGAUGCCACAACUGUUAAGCAGGAGGCUUGUGAUCGGGGAAUUGAGAGCCACUGUCACUUCCCAUACCAGCACCAGCAGCAGGCAUGUCACCGAAAUCCAUACCGUCAAGAGCGGUAUUGCCAAAUUCAUCCAGACCGCCACCAUAAUUCGGCGGCUCAAUGUUGAAGGGCAACAACCACGCCGAAGAACCUGUGUCCAUCAUGCCAUUUCCGCCAGCAAGAGGGUCGUUGUACCCAAAUCCAUUCAGAUCCAGUUGUUCCCAAGGAUUGGUAUUGCCAAAGGUCUCCAUCGAAGUCGAAUCAUUGUUCAGAUUCGCAAGGCUGGGAGUACCAUGGUUGGUGUCGUUGGAAGGGUCGAUGCCGGUGUACGCGCCAAAGACCAUUUGUCUGUCAAUUGCUGGAAGGGUAUUUAUCCAGUUCAUGUUGACAUGGGGCAAAUUGUCAAAGCUAUAAGGGUCAGGACCCUGGGACUGCCCGCCCAUCUGUGGUGUCUGGUAUAGCGAGGGUGACGUGGUGUCGAAGUCGGCUGGGUUGAAUGGUUGAUUGACAUGGAGUUCUCCCGCAUUGCUUGACAGUCGCGGCCUUCCUUGCUGCGGUGCAGGUUGUGCUUGCUGUGCAGCCGUCGUAGAUUGAAUAGAGCCGGCUGGUGCUCCGGAAGCAGAAACAGAAACAGAGGC